AUAAAUGGUGGUCACCAUGUGGUCACCAGCAUUAAUUGCUGCAUAUUCUGUGAUAGAACAAAUGUUAAAAUAAAUUGUCUGCGAGGCCACUAAAAAGGCACACAUGACGAGCACUAAUUCCAAGAUUGAUUGAUGCAGGCAAGGCCGUAUAUGCAGGGAUCUGGCAGGGAUAUCAUUAUAUUUGAUAAGUCGCUGUCUUUCAGAUAUUUACUUAUUCACUUAAAUAAUCUUAUUCAAGCUCAUUUUUUAUCAUUGUAGUUAAAAUUCAUAACCUCUCCAGUGCUCCAGUCACGGUCAAAUGUCAGCUCCAGCAUCCGAGGGUAGGGGCGAUGUGCCCCGCCAGUAUGGCUCAAUGGCUGAGUACUGCACUGAUCUACGGCUCUGGAUGGCACGUGUGCAGCAAACACGCUGCAUGGAGGCCAUGUUUCCCAUUUGGUUGUCUCAGCAGCUGGCUGCCGGAUCACUGCCACAGCAGCAGCAGCAGCAGCAGCCAGGAGUGAGGUUUGGCUUUGCCAACCAGGCUGCUGCACCUCCACCUCAGGAGCAGCAGCAGCAGCCCCAGCGAGGUAUCGAGUUUCGUAUUCCGCCACUGUGGAAGCGUCUUGUGGCUGAAACGGUAGACUUCUUCAUCCUGAUGAUUAUCAAGUUCCUGCUUGCGUACAUCGCCAUCGAUCAGUUCGGCCUCAUUGACCUGGCCAAGUACGACGUGGACACGCUGGUGAAGGUGGCCAGCGGAGGUCAGGCCGACAUGAGCUACACACUGGCCAUGGAGAUGACCUCCGAGCUGCUCAUGCUGGAGAUGGUCAACCGCGUCUCCGUCUGCUGGUUCGAGGCGCUGUGUCUGCGCUGCGGCGCGUGGGGCGUGCCGGGCGGCGCCACGCCGGGCAAGUACCUGGUCGGCGUGCGCGUGGUGCGCUGCGACUGGGUGGCACCCUCGCUCGACGACCACGUAGUGCUGGCGCCCGGCGGCGACCUCGGCCUGGCGCGCGCCCUCCUGCGCAGCAUCAUCAAAAACGUCAGCGUCACCUUCUUCUUCCCGAUGUUUGUGACGGUGUUCUACCUGGACCACAACCGGACGCCGUACGACCUGCUGGCCGGCACCAUCGUCGUCGAGCCGGCCAGGCGGUGAGAGGGUGGGCUGGUGAGAGCGUGAGAGACUGCCCGGUCCCCCUGCCCGUGCGACCGUCCCUUGCGGCCAUAAUUUACUGCACCGGGUGGCGUUUCCGACAUCAUAUGGUCUGUGGUGAGAACUUGUCAUGGUUAAGGUGUCGUGGAUGGACUGAAUGAUUGGUGUCAGAGGCAAGGUGGCUAUGUGCAUAUAGGACGUUUCCUGGAGCUUAGGGAGCUUCAUUGUGAGUUGUGUUGAUAUGUUAUUGGAGAACCAGGGCCGGUCGGAAGGGCUCUGUCUGGGCCUGUGGUGAUUUAUGUUUUCAAUUUAUGUAUAUUUAAACUAUGGUCGUGUCAAAUAAGUUGAUUUAUGAUCGCUGCAUGGUGAUAUCUCUCCUGUGUGUGAUAGAUGUGUUUGUAUGCCGCUGUUUGUCUCCAAGAAUCUACAUACAGAGUGAUGGGGUGCACCGUAUUUUCAGUGACUCGACAUGGACCAUAGAUAUAAUUGAGGUCAGAUGCUAAGUUCGCUUAACUCACUCCAUUUGUACGGUGUGGAAAAAAUAUUGGGUUUGGUUUGAGUGGAAAUUUAUAUGUUAUUUCAUUAAAUAUUAUAUGGCCACCUAUAUAAAUGCUGAUUUCCGUAACAUUACCGAUGUAGUGUUUCUGAAUGAUAUGAAAUUCAAUGUUCUCUCAGCCCCUAAAACAUGUCUAUUCCCAGAGUUGGUGACCGAUAGAUGUCAUAAAACCAGGGAUGCGGAGCCGGAGCCGGAGCCGGAGCCGGAGCCGCCGGAGCCGGCAUAUUUUGCCCGGAGCCGGAGCCGGAGCCGGAGCCGUGAAACAAUAUAGCCCGGAGCCGGAGCCGGAGCCGGAGCCGUCAAAAAAGGGGGCGACUCCGACUCCUUUUCUUAAGAGGAAACAAUUAUUUACCUAGUUCGGUUUGACAGUACAAGGCGUAAAACAAUGUGGUAUUUAAAUAGCCUUGUUAUACAAAUACAGAAGCAACGUGUACCAAUCCCAUCGCCUUUUUUCUUCCACCCGUAUUUAAUUGAUCGCAUAGGGGAUGUACUGAGUAGAAGCCGGAGCCGGAGUCGCCGGAGCCGGAGCCGCCGGAGCCGGAUCAUUUUACUCGGAGCCGGAGCCGGAGCCGGAGCCGCCAUGACAUUUCACCCGGAGCCGGAGCCGGAGCCGGAGCCGAUUUUUUCUCCGGAGCCGGAGCCGGAGCCGUCUGAAAUUUCCACGGCUCCACAUCCCUGCAUAAAACAUUUCGGCUAUUGAAAGACGAACUGGUAUUAAUGAAGGCCUUUAAAGACGAACUGGUAUUAGUGAAGGCCUUUACGGAUCCCCAUCGUUGUAUGUUUGUGUUCUAAGUAUUCAAGUAUUUCCUUACCAUGCGUUAUUCACCGGCCGCUGACUUUGCUGAUUUGAACAUGUGACUCUUUGUGUCAUCUCGCUGAUAGUCCAAUUGAAAAGAAAACGAUCAGUUAACACCCUCCUGAGAUUCAUUUCCAACUGUGUGAUGAAGGAUACUACAGAUUCGUUCUUAACACAUCAAAAUAACUUAGCCUCGCUUCAGGAAUGGCAUCUAGAACUGCGGCGGUGAGAACUGCGCCAUUGCUGUGUGACGUCUAAUUGAAUUGUGGUCUGUGAGCGCAAGUCGAAUGAUCGCGAUAUUGAGUAUUUUGUCCAACGUGAUUAUUAUUUUGUUAAUAUAUGGGUUGUCCAAAAA